CACUCGGCCCUCGCCGCCCUGACCACCUUCCCGCUCUGCAGGUGCCCCACACCUUCCGCGUCGCGCUGUCCACGCCGCCCCGUCUGCCUGACGCCGGGUGCUUCGGCCCGCCUGAGCCUGCUGUGCGCCCUGAGGCGCGCGGCCGGCACCAUCCGGGUGGAGCUGGCGUUGGAGGCGGCCGCGGAGGCGCUCUCCCCGCCUCAGUGGACACUGUCGCCCGCCCUGCCUCCGGAAGGGGCAGGGUCGCCCAGGCGGGCCCGCCGGGGCGCCGGCGGCGGCGGCGGCGGCGGCAGCACGAGCCCGCAGUUCCCGCUACCCAGCUACCAGGUAUCAGUGCCCGAGAACGAGCCCCCGGGCACCGCCGUCAUCGAGCUGAGGGCGCUGGACCCAGACGAGGGCGAGGCCGGGCGCCUCCGUUACCAGAUGGAGGCCUUGUUCGACGAGCGGUCCAAUGGGUACUUCCUCAUCGACCCUGCCACGGGCGCGGUGACCACGGCCCGCGAGCUGGACCGGGAGACCAAGGACACGCACGUGCUCAAGGUGAGCGCCGUGGACCACGGGUCGCCGCGGCGCUCGGCGGCCACCUACCUCACCGUCACAGUGGGCGACACCAACGACCACAGCCCCGUGUUCGAGCAGUCGGAGUACCGCGAGCGCGUGCGCGAGAACCUGGAGGUGGGCUACGAGGUGCUGACCAUCCGCGCCACCGACGGGGACGCGCCCUCCAACGCCGACAUGCGCUACCGCCUGCUGGAGGGUGCGGGCGGCGUCUUCGAGAUCGACGCGCGCUCGGGCGUGGUGCGCACGCGCGCCGCGGUGGACCGCGAGGAGGCGGGCGCGCACCGGCUGCUGGUGGAGGCCAGCGACCAGGGCCGCAACCCGGGCCCGCUCAGCGCCACGGUCACGGUGCACAUCGCGGUGGAGGACGAGAACGACAACUACCCCCAGUUCAGCGAGAAGCGCUACGUGGUGCGGGUGUCCGAGGACGUGGCGGUCAACACGCCCGUGCUGCGCGUGCACGCCACGGACCGGGACCAGGGCCAGAACGCGGCCAUCCACUACAGCAUCGUCAGCGGGAACCUCAAGGGGCAGUUCCACCUGCACUCGCUCAGCGGGAGCCUGGACGUGAUCAACCCGCUGGACUUCGAGGCCGUGCGCGAGUACACGCUGCGCGUCAAGGCGCAGGACGGCGGCCGGCCGCCGCUCAUCAACGCCUCGGGGCUGGUCUCGGUGCAGGUGCUGGACGUGAACGACAACGCCCCGAUCUUCGUGAGCAGCCCCUUCCAGGCGGCCGUGCUGGAGAACGUGCCGCUCGGCCACUCGGUGCUGCACAUCCAGGCGGUGGACGCCGACGCGGGCGAGAACGCGCGGCUGCGCUACCGCCUGCUGGACCGCGAGGAGGCCGAGCACUACAGCUUCGGCGUGGAGGCGGUGGACCACGGCGCGCCGGCCCUGAGCGCCUCGGCCAGCGUGUCCAUCACGGUGCUGGACGUGAACGACAACGACCCCGCGUUCACGCAGCCGGCGUACGAGCUGCGCCUCAACGAGGACGCGGCGGUGGGCAGCAGCGUGCUGACGCUGCGCGCGCGCGACCGCGACGCCAACAGCGUCAUCACGUACCAGCUGACGGGCGGCAACACCCGGAACCGCUUCGCGCUCAGCAGCCAGAGCGGCGGCGGCCUCCUGACCCUGGCGCUGCCGCUGGACUACAAGCAGGAGCGGCAGUACGUGCUGGCCGUGACGGCGUCCGACGGCGCGCGCGCGCGCACCGCGCAGGUCUUCAUCAACGUCACCGACGCCAACACGCACCGGCCGGUCUUCCAGAGCUCGCACUACUCGGCCAGCGUGGCCGAGGACCGGCCGGUGGGCACGUCCGUGGUCACCAUCGCCGCCACCGACGAGGACACGGGCGAGAACGCCCGCAUCACCUACCUGCUGGGGGACCCCGUGCCGCAGUUCCGCCUGGACGCCGACUCGGGCACCCUCUACACCGCGGCCGAGCUGGACUACGAGGACCAGGCGGCCUACACGCUGGCCAUCACGGCGCGCGACAACGGCGUCCCCCAGAAGUCGGACACCACGUCCCUGGAGAUCCUCGUGCUGGACGCCAACGACAACGCGCCCCGCUUCCUGCGGGACCGCUACCAGGCCGCCGUGCCCGAGGGCGCGCCCCCGGCCACCAGCGUGCUGCAGGUCUCGGCGAGCGACCGCGACGCGGGCCCCAACGGCCGCCUGCUGUACACCUUCCGGGGCGGGGACGACGGGGACGGGGACUUCUACAUCGAGCCCACGUCCGGCGUGAUCCGCACCCGGCGCCGCCUGGACCGGGAGCACGUGGCCGCCUACACGCUCCGCGCCCUGGCCGUGGACCGGGGCAGCCCGGCGCCCCUGAGCGCCUCGGUGGAGGUCCAGGUGGCCGUCCUGGACAUCAACGACAACGCCCCGGUGUUCGAGAGGGACGAGCUGGAGCUGUGGGUGCAGGAGAACAGCCCGGUGGGCUCGGUGGUGGCCCGGAUUCGCGCCGAGGACCCGGACGAGGGCCCCAACGCGCAGGUCAUGUACCAGAUCGUGGAGGGCAACGUGCCCGAGGCCUUCCAGCUGGACCUGCUGAGCGGGGAGCUGCGGGCGCUGGCGGAGCUGGACUUCGAGGCCCGGCGCGAGUACGUGCUGGUGGUGCAGGCCACGUCCGCGCCGCUGGUCAGCCGGGCCACCGUGCGCGUGCGCCUGCUGGACCAGAACGACAACGCGCCGCAGCUGCCCGACUUCCAGAUCCUCUUCAACCACUACGCCGCCGGCGGCCCCGGCAGCUUCCCCGCGGGCGUCAUCGGCCGCGUGCCGGCCCACGACCCCGACCUCUCCGACAGCCUCAGCUACGCCUUCCUGCGGGGCAACGAGCUGCAGCUGCUGCUGCUGGACCCCGCCUCGGGCGAGCUGCAGCUCAGCCGGGACCUGGACAGCAACCGGCCGCUGGAGGCGCUCAUGGAGGUGGCCGUGUCCGACGGCCUGCACCGCGUGGCAGCCCUGUGCACGCUGCGGGUCGCCGUCAUCACGGACGACAUGCUGAGCAGCAGCAUCACCGUGCGGCUGGAGAACGUGUCGCAGGCGCAGUUCCUGUCCCCGCUGCUGUCGCUGUUCGUGGAGGGCGUGGCCGCGGUGCUGUCCACCGCCAGGGAGGACGUCUUCGUCUUCGACGUGCAGCACGACACCGGCGUGGGCGCCCCCAUCCUCAACGUGACCUUCUCGGCGCUGCUGCCCGGCGGCGCCCGCGGCCGCUUCUUCCCCUCGGAGGAGCUGCGGGAGCAGAUCUACCUGAACCGGACGCUGCUGGCCGCCGUGUCCACGCAGCACGUGCUGCCCUUCGACGACAACGUGUGCCUGCGGGAGCCGUGCGAGAACUACAUGAAGUGCGUGUCGGUGCUCAGGUUCGACAGCUCGGCGCCCUUCGUCAGCGCCGCGGCCACGCUCUUCCGGCCCAUCCGGCCCGUGCACGGGCUCCCCCCGCCAGCGGCCCCACUACCCCACCUGUGUGUCCCCCAAGAACCAACACCCCAGAUGUCCCUGUCGGCCCAGGGGGUCAGCUGGUCCUGGAGUCCCCCGGUGACCUCGCUGGGCGGGCCCAACAUCGGCCGCCUGGGCCUGCCCCACGGCCCGUCCGGGGAGAAGGUGGCCGUGGUGACCGUGGACGACUGCGACACGGCCGUGGCCGUGCGCUUCGGCGGCCUCGUGGGCAACUACACCUGCGCGGCCCAGGGCACCCAGAGCGCCAUGCCCCACCCCCAGCGCUUCAGCGGGCAGAGCGUCGUGUCCUGGAGCGCCCUGGACAUCACGGUGUCCGUGCCCUGGUACCUGGGCCUCAUGUUCCGCACCCGGGAGGAGGACGGCGUCCUGCUGGAGGCCGCGGCCGGCGAGGCCUCCCGGCUCUUCCUCGCCGUCGACGUCUUCGACAAGCUCAACUUCACGGGAGCCGGGGUCCCGCGGUUCCAGGACGCGCGGGGGGACGUCCCCCGGGGGCUGCAGUCCUCGGUCCUCUUCUCUGCCGACUUCUUCAGGCCCCCGGAGAGGAAAGACGGCCCCACGGCGAGGCCGGCCGGCAGGAGGGCCGUCCCGCAGACGGCGCUCCCCGGGCCCGGCGCGCAGGGCGGGCCCCCGCCACAGAGGCACAAGCGGCACCCUGAGGAGCCCGGCCAGUUUGCUGUCGCCCUGGUGGUCAUCUACCGGACCUUGGGGCAGCUCCUGCCCGAGCACUACGACCCCGACCACCGCCGCCUGCGGCUGCCCGCCCGGCCCGUCAUCAACACGCCGGUGGUGAGCGCCGUUGUGCACAGCGAGGGGGCCCCGCUGACCGGCCCCCCGGAGCGGCCGGUGCAGGUGGAGUUCACCCUGCUGGAGACGGAGGAGCGCAGCAAGCCGGUCUGCGUCUUCUGGAACCACUCCAUCGGCGCCAGUGGGACCGGAGCGUGGUCGGCCCGAGGCUGCGAGCUGCUGUCCCGCAACCGAACCCACGUCGCCUGCCGGUGCGGCCGGGCCGCCAGCGUGGCCGUGCUCAUGGACAUCUCCCGCCGCGAGCACGGGGAGGUCCUGCCCCUGAGGAUCGUCACCCACGCCGCGGUGGGCCUAGCGCUGGCCGCGCUGCUGCUGGCCUUCGCGCUCCCGGCGCUGGUGCGCGCGCUGCGCUCCAACCUGCGCAGUAUCCGCCGCAACCUCGUGGCGGCGCUGUUCUGCUCCCAGCUGGUCUUCGUCGCCGGGAUCGCGCAGACCGACAGCCCGUUCCUGUGCACGGUGGUGGCCAUCCUGCUGCACUACGUCCACUUGAGCGCCUUCGCCUGGACCUUCGUAGAGAGCCUGCACGUGCACCGCGUGCUGACCGAGGCCCGCAACGUGGACCGGGGCCCCAUGAGGUUCUACCACGUCGUGGGCUGGGGCAUCCCGGCCAUAGUUACCGGACUGGCGGUGGGCCUGGACCCCCAAGGCUACGGGAACCCCGACUUCUGCUGGCUCUCCCUCCAAGACACCCUCAUCUGGAGCUUCGUGGGCCCCGUUGGCAUGGUCCUGGUGGUCAACACGGUCAUUUUUGUCCUGUCCACAAAGGUCUCCUGCCAAAGGAAGCACCAUCACUAUGAAAGAAAGGGAGUCGUAAUGGCCACACCCCGGGGCAAAGCCAGACCCGAGGCCAGCUGGGGCCCAGAGGCACCUGGACGCCGCGACUCGGACUCGGACAGCGAGCUGUCCCCGGACGAGCACAGCAGCUCCUGCGCCUCCUCCCACUCCUCGGGCAGCGAGGACGAGGGCAAGUGGGGCCCCGCCCGGGGCCCCGCCCACAGCACCCCCAAAGCGGCCACGGCGGCCUCUCACAUCCCUGCCGGCUGGCCGGACGAGAGCCUGGCCGGGAGCGACAGCCAGGAGCCUGCAGGGCGGCCGAGGCUGGCGCGGCCCGGCCCUGGGGCAGGCUUUGGAGCCGUGGGGUGGGGACCGCACAGGAACGACGCCGACGUGCGCCCCGGCACUGAGGUGGGCUCGGGGCAGCGCUGGAGGCGGGGCCAGGAUUAG